AUGUGCUCUGGAAUUGUAAUGGAGUUUCGUUGCUGUGGUAAGAAGACGAUAAAGUACCUCAUGGGGAGGUGCGAAGACGCUUGUGAUAUCUUUAUGGGUCGUACUAGAUUUCGACGUAUCUGCAAACGCUGCAGACGUCGAAAUGAAGAGCAAGAGGCCGCAGAGAACGAACGGCUACCAGAGCAUAUGGAAGCCGCUAAAGCCGUUCUUGAAUACAUGCACGGUGAGCGAGAUGACCCAAGAACUGAUGAACGAUUAGAAAUCAUACAAGGUUUGCUAACAGAAGCAAGGCAGGCUCACACCACGCGACAUUUCGCCGACUAUGAAGCAGGUCGGAGGCUACAUCCUUUCACUGACGAUUCUCCAUAUAUCGAUGUCUUGCGAAAGCGAUUUGACGAUGAGGCACAGUCCCAGUGUGGGGUCGCCUUCGCGAUGCUUAGGCCCCAGCUCUGGGAAGAAUGUCUUCGACGACAAGAGCAACUAUCCAGAGGCCGAGCCAUGACAUUUGUAGAUAGGACUUUCCAUUUUCAAGUUGUCAUCAACGGACUAUUUCUGCCACAGUUUGACGUACCUUACCCAAUAGAAGUCCCACAAGCUCAAGCUGAAAAGACAAGCCAAUCAAGUUGCUCGCAGUCCAUGGCCCAAUCGCAAGAUUUUUCUGCAGAUUCCAUGGAUUUGUGCGAGCGUUCCAACCUUGUUGCUUUACCUUCGGUCGCUUCCAAGUGGGAAAUAGCUCGCGAGGCGGAAUACAACAUGUAUGGUUAUCAUACUAUAUCUUCUUUUGUUAGCGUCAAUCAGAGUUUCGACGACGAUUUCAUAGAAAGAGGCGAGUACAUGUCUUUUACUGAGUGGUAUAACGCCCACAGAUAUAUGGGAAACAAUUCUAUAUCACUCUCAAAAAGUGCAGAAUUAGAGCUUGAUAUGGACAGGUACGAGCACGAAUACCUUGAAAUCAAUGAAGGCUGUGCCCCAAUGCUAGAGGACUUUCGGAAUCUUCGCAGGGUUAUCCGAAACCGUCCCUGGGGCUUUUAUCCCUCGGCAGUUUCUGGUUCUCGUCGGCAGACGCUUCCUCUUUCUGCGUGGCUUUGUGUUCAAUUUGGUUACGCCAGCCCUAUAGACCAACCGGAUAAAUACGACCAAGCAAUCAUCAGCUACACGGAAUACUUGAAAGAAGUUGCUACUCCAGACCAAUGGAAAGAUUUCCAAAGUACUCUAGAUCAGAAAGCAGAAAGAGAUCGCGUGGCGCUCUAUUUCGAACGAAUGGAUUAUGCCGAAUGCGAUUACGACAUCGUCCUUCCGUCAGUGGCAAGCAUUCCUUGGACUUUAUUCACACAAGACCAGCAACAGUUGUUCUGGUUCCUUGAUCGGAUCCAGUCCAAUGACCCAAGAUUCGCAGUUCCUUCCUCCUACUCGUACGCGGCUACAACAAUAGAGGAACUACAGCGAGAGGCGAUUUUCCUCCGAAGACAGAGAUUAGCUCAGGGGAUACCUGAACCUGUUGAGGAGAAUAUCCUUCUCUGCCCUGACUGCUGGAACCUUGCUUCGGAAUGCAACGGUAGUUGCGCGGUAUCAGAGGUGAAUGUUGCUUCUAGACCUCAAUCGCGAGGUCAAUGUACUGUGACGCUGGAAGAAGUACAUGAAUCUGAUAACAAUGGUGGUUGGGCACUAGAUGCCAAUGAUUUUCUGCCGACUGGGGCCAACGCAGUUGAGGUAUCUCCGCAUCGAAUGAACCAUUACGCUAACUCGGAAUGCUCCACAAUCCGAGCUGGUUUCACGGGAUUCAUGGACAACGGCGAACAGGCAGCAGACGGUAGUUCGAGUCCAACAAUUCGUGCGACCGGCGCUGAGCCUGAACAAAGACCUCAAGACGGUGAUGCUCAUAUAGACUUAUAUGAAGUCGGAGGCAACCCACUACGAUUUGCAAUUGGACCAGAUGGUAAACCGACUCUGGUAAGAGACCCAAGCGGGCCCUUACGAGUCAUCGGUCACGAAGAUGGGUUGUUAUCUCUCGAGCUCGACCUUGAGCCAGAAUCAGACGACGAAGACAACUUUCAUUCUCGGAGACAUCGAGUCUGCUGA